AUGGCUUCACCACGGUCUGGAAAACGGAGUCGCGAAGAUAUGGAGCGGAAUAGCAUGCUAGCGGAAGGGCCAGAUGACAGUUCAUCCGAUGAUGACAUUGGCCCAACUCUACCUUCGGCUAUGCCAAAGAAAAAGCGACGGAAGCUUCCUUUCGAAAAGCUUUUUAUAGCUGCUCUUCCCUCCUCUCCACGAUACUCCAAGUCUUUGAUGCAUCGCGAUCAGCUCUGCUUCAGCCUUUUCACUCCCCAUACGGACUUCCUCAUAACCAGUUCGGUGGACGGUGUCGUAAAGUUCUGGAAGAAAGUCCAAGACGGCGUGGACUUCGUCAAGGAGUUCCGCGCUCAUAAUGGCGAGAUCAAGAGCUUAAGUGUCAGUGCGGACGGACGGAGUCUUGCUACAGCCGGUGGAGACGGCACUGUCAAAGUCUUCGACGUGAUCACUUUUGAUCUUCUGUUCAUCUUCACCCCUGACGAGAAACCUAUUUGUGUUUGUUGGGUCCACGCCCGGGGAGCAUCCCUUCCCCUUCUCGCCGUAUCCACGGAGAAAGAUCCAAGCAUUCGAAUAUAUGAUGGUCGAGGGGAGAACCAGUCGCCUAUCCACGUGCUGAAACAUAUCCAUCGCAAGCCCGUAAUCUUGAUGACUUUCAACAACGAAUUCGACUGCGUCAUUUCUGCUGAUGAAGGCGGAAUGUUAGAAUACUGGAGACCCAGUGGAACAUUUGAAAAGCCGGACAGUGUCUUUGAGAUGAAGAGCAGUACCAGUUUGUUCGAAUUCAAGAAGGCCAAAUCCGUCCCCACCUGCCUAUCGAUCUCGCCUAAUGGCACGCAGUUUGCGACCUAUUCAUUUCCCGAUCGCAAAGUUCGAGUCUUCGAUUUCAAGUCAGGGAAGCUAUAUCGGUCGUAUGACGAAUCUAUCGCCACCAUAAUCGACAUGCAGCAGGCGGGAACAUCUGCAGAACAGUUGGAUGACGUGGAUUUUGGGCGCCGAUUGGCCGUCGAGCGAGAACUUGAUACUGCUGGGAUACGGAACCGUGUCAAUGUUGUCUUUGAUGAAACGGGGAACUUCAUCCUUUACGGCUCUAUAUUGGGUACGAAAGUCAUCAACACCCUCACAAACCGAGUUGUGAAGUUGUACGGAAAAGAAGAGCCUUUUCGACCAUUGAACCUGGCCCUAUAUCAAGGGCAGCCACAAAAGAAGAGUGUUGUCACCGUUGAGAUGGCCGCAAGCGAAAAUCCUCUACUCCAAGAGGCUGAAUCGAGAGACGCAGUUCUUGUUACUACUGGUGCGAGCAAGGUUCGGUUCUAUAUGUUCUCGAAUGAGACGGACAUCAGUAAAUCCGCUCGCGAUGUCCAAAAUGAGAAACCGCGAAACCUCAAUACCGGCAAACAAAGCGAAAAGAAAGCUGCGGAACGUGGUACCUUAGCGGUCUUGCACACGACGUAUGGUGACAUCCACAUUCGUCUCUUCCCAGAAGCUGCUCCAAAGGCAGUCGAGAACUUUGUCACUCAUUCCAAGAAUGGCUAUUACAAUAACGUCAUCUUCCACCGGGUCAUUCGUAAAUUCAUGUUACAGACCGGUGAUCCUCUUGGAGAUGGGACAGGCGGGGAGAGCAUUUGGGGAAAGGAAUUCGAGGACGAAUUUUCGAGCCUCAAGCACGAUAAACCAUACACUGUGAGUAUGGCAAAUGCUGGGGCCAAUACAAACGGAUCGCAAUUCUUCAUUACCACCGAAAAAACUCCAUGGCUUGAUAACAAGCAUACGAUCUUUGGCCGAGCUGUUCAAGGCUUGGACGUUGUCCACAAGAUCGAAAAUACCCGAGUUCGCAAAGAAAAGCCGGAGGAAGACAUCAAAAUCAUCAAUAUCUCCAUCGAGUAG